UCAGUCUUACAUUCGACACCUCCGACUCCAACCACUUCGUACUUCUCAUUAAUCAAGAAGAGGGAAAUGGCCACGAAGGUAAUAAUAGCAAUCCUUGGGACGAUGUUCGUGGCGAGUAAAGCCGGCCUCUUACCAGCGCCAGUAGCUGUGGCUCCGGCCCCUGUCGCCAUAGCCCCGGCCCCGGUCGCCUUCGCCAAGUUAGGAGAGUAUGAUCCCCACCCUCAGUACUCCUAUGCAUACGACGUGCAGGACGCAUUAACCGGGGACUCGAAGAGCCAGCAGGAGACGCGCGACGGCGACGUCGUCCAGGGCAGCUACUCGCUCAUCGAGGCCGACGGCACCAGGCGUAUCGUCGAGUAUACGGCCGAUCCUGUCAACGGCUUCAACGCCGUUGUGCAUCGGGAACCGGCGGUGAUAAAGCCAGUGGUGGCAGCGGCAAUACCGAUCGUCGAGAAGCACCAUCCCCUGGUAUUCCAUCGCUAGCCUCCUCACACGAGCAUCGCCUAUGUAGUUUCCUAGUCAAUGUGCGAUAAGUUGUGUGAGUGGCGUAAAGCCCGCGUGCAUUCAAAGUGAUUUACUUAUUG